AUGGCUCGUCCACUCUUGACAGCAUAUUCUUCCAUUAGUAUUCCUCAAACUGCAUUCGCGGCUCUAACACUAGUCUUUUGUGCCUUUACGCUUUUCCUGUGUGCCUCUCACUCCAGAAGGUGGCGACGGUGGACUACUUGCUAUAGAGGCCGAGGCAGAGAUCCAGUCAUACAGCAGCUUCAGAAUGAAGGAAUGAUAUUCACUUCAACAGAGGCAGGGGAAAACCAACAACUUUCAGGACCUGUUUGGCAGAAGAACAUACUCAUGGGAGGCAAAUGCGAGUUACCUGAUUUCUCUGGGGUCAUAAUCUAUGACGCUGCUGGAAAUGUCGUCCCACCAAACAAGCCUUCUAGACUUGCUCUUACUUGGAAGUAA